AUGGCCGACUACGAGGCGCUAAAGGACCAGUGGAGUGAGAUUGAGGACAAGGAUGGGAUCCGCCUUAGUUGGAACACCUUCCCCAGCUCGCGAAUGGAAGCAUCGCGGCUUGUUGUCCCCAUCGGUGCCUUGUAUACCCCGUUGAAGGAGAAGGAAGACAGCCCGUUGCUACAGUAUGAGCCGGUUUCUUGCAAGGCGCCCUGCCGGGCCGUCCUCAACCCAUUCUGCCAGGUCGAUAUGCGCGCUCGACUCUGGAUAUGUCCGUUCUGUCUCCAGCGAAACGCUCUCCCGCCGCACUACAAGGACAUAUCAGCAGACCAGAUCCCUCCGGAACUCCACCCCAGCAAUACCACGAUCGAGUACCGGCUCGCGCGACCCGCUCCGUCACCGCCUAUCUUCUUGUUCGUUGUGGAUACCUGCCAGGAGGAGGACAGCUUGAAGGCGCUCAAGGACUCCAUUAUCAUGAGCCUGAGCCUGCUGCCACAAUACGCUUUGGUUGGCCUGAUCACAUACGGAACUAUGGCCCAAGUUCAUGAGCUCGGCUACACCGAAUGCGCCAAAUCUUACGUCUUCCGGGGGAAUAAGGAGUACACUUCGAAGCAAGUUCAGGAAAUGCUUGGCCUUGGCCAGAUUGCUCCGCGGCCGAAUAUGCAGCAGCAGCCCGGACGACCUCCGAUGCCAAUCGGCGGGCCUGGCGCACGUUUCCUCCUCCCGGUUUCGCAGUGCGAAUUCCAGCUUACGAAUGCGCUUGAACAAUUGCAAAAGGACCCAUGGCCGGUCGCGAACGACAAACGUGCGCUGAGGUGUACUGGUGUUGCACUCAGCGUGGCAGUUGGCCUUCUGGAGACGUCUUUCGUGAACAUGGGGGGCAGGAUUAUGCUCUUCAGUGGUGGUCCUGCGACCGAGGGUCCUGGUAUGGUCGUUGGGCCCGAGCUGAGGGAGCCCAUCCGGUCGCAUCACGACAUUGACCGGGACAACAUCAAGUACUAUAAGAAGGCCUUGAAGUUCUACGACAACCUUGCCAAGCGCGUCGCACACAACGGCCACAUUGUCGAUAUCUUUGCCGGCUGCUUGGAUCAAGUUGGUCUGCUCGAAAUGAAGGGACUUUCAAACUCCACCGGCGGCCACAUGAUUCUAACGGACAGCUUUACAUCCUCCAUGUACAAGCAGUCCUUCGCCCGCGUUUUUAACAAGGAUGCGGAUGACAACUUGCUCAUGGGCUUCAAUGCUUCUCUUGAGGUCCUCACUACCAAGGAGUUGAAGGUGACGGGUUUGAUCGGGCAUGCCAUCUCCAUGAACAAAAAGUCCGCAUCGGUUGGCGAAACCGAAUGCGGUAUCGGUAACACUUGCUCAUGGAAGAUGUGCGGUAUCGAUCCUGAAGCCAGCUAUGGUAUCUACUUCGAAAUUGCGAGUCAAGGAGGCCCGACCCAAAUGAAUCCUGGCCCACAGAAGGGCAUGAUGCAGUUCCUGACAUACUACCAGCACUCUGCCGGUCAAUAUCAUUUGAGGGUUACAACAGUCGCCCGAAAUUUGAGCGGCCCCGGAGACCAUGCGAUCGGUCAUUCAUUUGACCAAGAAGCCGCAGCUGUCCUUAUGUCGAGAAUCGCGGUCUUCAAGGCUGAGGUUGACGACGGACCGGACGUCUUGCGAUGGGUCGAUCGCAUGCUCAUUCGGUUAUGCUCGCGAUUCGCGGAGUAUAGGAAAGACGAUCCCUCAUCAUUCCGGCUGGAGAAGAACUUCACGCUCUACCCGCAAUUCAUGUUCCACCUCCGACGUUCGCAGUUCCUGCAGGUCUUCAACAACUCUCCUGAUGAGACCGCGUUCUAUCGACAUGUGCUGAACCACGAGGAUGUCAGCAACUCUCUUAUCAUGAUUCAACCCACUCUGGACAGCUACGGGUUUGACCAUGAGGGUGGACAACCUGUGCUGCUUGACUCUACUUCCAUCCAGCCCGAGACCGUCCUUCUUCUUGACACCUUCUUCCACAUCCUCAUCUUCCACGGCGAGACGAUGGCCGAAUGGCGCAAGGCCGGUUAUCAGGACCAGGAAGGAUACGAGAACUUUGCGGCGCUGCUCGAGGCGCCAAAGGAGGAUGCCAAGGACCUCAUUCAGGACCGGUUCCCACUGCCUCGUUUCAUCGUUUGUGACGCUGGUGGUUCUCAAGCUCGUUUCCUACUCUCCAAACUUAACCCUUCGACAACACAUACUACGGGCUCGUAUGGGGGCGUUUCGCAAACCGCGCAGACUAUCUUCACGGAUGAUGUCAGCUUGCAGACCUUCAUGGACCAUUUGAUGAAGCUUGCGGUGUCUGGAACCGGUUAA